AUGUGGGAGUUCAAGUCCAUGAAUUUUUGGCGGGCGGUCUUCGCAGAGUUCUUCGGGACCAUGUUCUUUGUAUUUUUCGGCAUGGGUGCUGCCCUGCGCUGGACCACCGGGCCUCAUCAUGUCCUUCAUGUGGCCCUGUGCUUUGGGCUAGCAGCUGCCACCCUCAUCCAGUCCAUCGGCCACAUCAGCGGGGGUCACAUUAACCCUGCUGUCACCUUUGCCUACCUUGUCGGCUCACAGUUGUCUCUUUUCCGUGCCAUUUUCUACAUAGCUGCUCAGUGCCUGGGUGCUGUGGCUGGGGCUGCUGUGCUGUACGGGGUUACACCCAGCAACAUGAGAGGCAACAUGGCAAUGAACACGGUAAGAGCUCAUGAUGAUGUUUCAGAAUCAAGGAUAGCAGUUUUAGGCCUGGUUGGGUAGAAGUUUUUGGGUGGGUUGGUUUCACCUUUGAGAUUUCAAUAAUGGCAUCAGUUUAGGUUAAAUCUCACAAGGUCAACAGCCAAAAACAGUCUUUAAAGUACCUGUAAGACAACAGUGUUAGCUUCUAGUAGCUAACAAUUUUUCUGUAAUGAAUGUAAAGCUCAGUUGUGAACGGCAGUAAAAUUUCUGACUUACACACAACCAUGUUUUUGUCCGUCUAUGUGCCUCCAGCUGCAGCCUGGUAUCAGUCUGGGGAUGGCCACCACUGUGGAGGUUUUCCUCACCCUGCAGCUCGUGGUUUGCAUCUUUGCUGUGACCGAUGAGAGGAGAAAUGGACGCUUGGGAUCCGCCGCCCUCUCCAUUGGCUUCUCUGUCACCAUUGGCCAUCUCAUGGGGGUGAGACACAUGGAAAAGUAGAUCAUGUGAUGGAAAUCUGGAGCUGUGAUGGGGGAAGUUUUAGCACACUCAGGAGUCUUGGAAAGACAACAAAGUAGCCUAAUACCACACAAUUCUAUAAAAACCAUCAAUAAAAACCAUUAUUGUUAAUAAUUUAACUAAAAACUUCCAUAAAAAUAGUAAUCUGUGUUUCAGAUGUACUACACCGGUGCUGGGAUGAACCCUGCAAGGUCUUUCGCCCCUGCUGUGCUCUUCAGGAACUUCAUCAACCACUGGGUAAGUCUUGAAAUUACUCACCAAGAAAAAAUAACACAUCAACGUGAUAGUUGCUGUUUUAUUUAGUCUUUCUUUGCUGCCUGCAGGUGUACUGGGUCGGGCCAAUGAUAGGAGGUGCCAUGGGCGCCCUCCUGUACGAUUUUGUGCUGUUCCCACGCAUGAGGGGUCUGUCUGAGCGCCUCGCCACACUGAAGGGCAGCCGGCCCCCUGAGAGUGAGACCCAGCAGGACACCCGUGGGGAGCCCAUCGAGCUCAAGACACAAGCCCUAUAAGCCCGCCCCGUCUCCGACUAGGGCCGAGGGACGAGGGACAGGGCCCUGAGCUACGCCAUUCCCACCUCCACUGCCCCCCCUGCCCCCCAAUACCUCCAAACAACAUUGCACAAAACUCACCAGCAUACUCACAUUAACUAAUGAUAAGAUUUUUUCCACUGUAAAAACCGACUCACAAAAUGUUUCAACAUGAGCACAUAACAAGACUCCUACCCCCAAGGUCCUCAC